AUGACAAAGCCUCAAAAUCCAAUUUUUUGCUGGUUCUUUCUUCCGUAUAAAUUUGAAUUCUUUAUCAUUUCUUAUGAAUGUGUUGCAGCUGCAAAGCUUUCGAUCGAAGAAUUUUAUCAAGUUGCACCAACCGGGAAAUUACAUGCGGCAGAUUUAUUCCACAGACAUCCGGAACGAAUAGCUGGAUCAAAUAAAAUUACUCCCUAUUUGGAAAACAUUAGUACUGGUGAGUCAAUGUCCGGAAAUCAGCAUGGGCCACAACCAUCACCAAAUUUAGCGAUGCCCCAGAAAUCACCACAUGUAAGACGAGCAAAGUGGCAUCUUGGAAUAAGAAGCCAAAGUCGGCCU